CACAAUAGUACGAAAUAAAUGGAAUCUCUCGACCAAUUUUGAAUUCGCAUCUGGAAAUUGGAAUCCGACGAAGUUGAAGAAGCCGACGACGAUUCAUAAUGUCUUCACUUGCAGCUGCGAGAGCAGACAACUUUUACUAUCCACCAGAAUGGACCCCAAAACAGGGGUCUUUGAACAAAUUUCAUGGUCAACAUGCUUUGAGAGAGAGAGCAAGGAAAAUAGAUCAAGGCAUCUUGAUAAUAAGGUUCGAGAUGCCUUACAAUAUAUGGUGUGGUGGCUGCAACUCAAUGAUAGCAAAGGGUGUUAGGUUCAAUGCAGAGAAAAAGCAAGUUGGAAAUUAUUAUUCUACAAAGAUAUGGAGCUUUACUAUGAAAUCAGCAUGCUGUAGACACGAGAUUGUUAUUCAGACAGAUCCAAAAAAUUGCGAGUAUGUGAUUAUUAGUGGUGCACAACGAAAAACUGAGGAAUAUGACAUAGAGGAUGCCGAAACCUUUGAACUACCGGCUGAUGAAGAAAGGGGUAAGCUUGCAGAUCCAUUUUAUCGACUUGAACACCAGGAAAAGGAUAUGCAGAAGAAGAAAGAAGCCGAGCCAGUAUUGGUGCGCCUCCAACGACUCUCAGAUUCUAGGCAUGCAGAUGACUAUACUCAGAACAGGACACUUCGAGCUCAGCUUAGAAAUCAAAAGAAGAGAGUUGCUGAAGAAGAAAAUGUUUCUCGUAAGAUGGGCCUCGGUAUACGAUUGCUUCCCGCAACCGAAGAAGAUUCCGCAGCUGCUACUCGCAUGAAGUUCUCCUCAAAGUUCGAGAAGAACAGAAGGGAUAAACGGGCAUUGAUUCAUGCUUCCUCCAUCUUCCAUGGAUCAUCUAGAUCAUCCAUACCUGACAAGAAACGAUUGGACCUCGAAUCCAAGAGAAGGAAGAUCUGUGCCUCUGCAGCUUCAACCAUAUUAACAGGUAGCUUCAAGCCAUCGUCUUGGUCCCAAAGUGCAGCUAAUUCAACUAGACGAGACGGAGCGUCUGUCACUGCCAAACGACCUUAGCGUGAAUGCAUUUUCCAAUCCUAGUUGUAGCUAUUUGAUUAAUUUAUGUACAUAGGUUCUAUGUGGCCAUAUCUGAGGUUUUCUAGAAUCCCAUUGUAACAUAUUGGGAGUGAUUUGUAGCGAAUGUAUAAGAAUUUUCUCAGAAUCAUGAAGCUGAAAAUGUGUAACUUUACCACUAGAUGAAUUAUGUCUGCUGUGUAUUAUGGCCGGCGGAGGGGAUAUCGAGAUGGAUAGUACAAAAUCCCAGUUAAUAUCCCUCGGUUAGACCACAAAUUUAUG